AUGUUGUUAACUCCGAAAACCGAAACCUAUGAUUGGGUUAUGGCCAAUAACGCGGUUGAGGACACAUAUGAUGGUGUGAAAGUUGAAAAGAUGGAUUGUGUGGGACAUGUACAAAAACGUAUGGGCAAGCACCUGAUGAACUUAAAAUCUACCACAAAAGGGAAACUUAAGGAUGGAAAGACUAUUGGAGGACGUGGUCGACUCAAGGAAGAGAAAAUAAAGCAAAUACAAAGAUAUUAUGGAUUAGCAAUUAGGCAAAAUACCUUGUCUGCAGCUAACCCAACAGAAAGAGAUAUAUCAGUUGCUGCGUAUGCAAUGAAGAAAAACAUAAUUGCAAUUUUAUACCACUGUGUGGAAUCUGAAGAGAAGAAAAAACAACAUCGUUUUUGUCCAGUCGGGUCUGAUUCUUGGUGUAAAUGGCAGCAGGAUCAGGCUUUGGGAACAGCUAUGUACAAAGGUGAUGACUGCUUGCCUCGUGUCUUUCUUGAGUUACUUAGGCCUAUCUUUAUGAACCUGAGUGAUUCAAAGCUAUUGGAAAGAUGUGUUCGAGGCACAACACAAAAUAAUAAUGAAAGCAUAAAUUCAAUUGUGUGGGCAAGAUGUCCAAAACACAGGCACCAUGGGGCGAAGGUGGUCCGAUGUGCUGUGGCAUCAGCGGUUUGCCACUUCCACAGUGGUGCCAGAAGCAGGGAGAAUGUAAUGGAGAAAUUGGGAAUAACAGCUGAAAAAUUCACUAAGAAGUCUUCACUCUCAAAGGACAGAAAACGGAUCAGACAAGCUGACAAGCAGAUCACUGAAAAACACAAAAGGCGACGCCAAGCAGAACAACUGAGAAAAACCCGCCACGAAGAAGCUCUACGAGAGUUGGAAGGGACAACUUAUGAAGCAGGUGGUUUCUAACUAUGGCCAGUAUAACUAGAAUGCCAAAAACUGAACAAAAUCACCCAAUAGGUUGCAUGAAAUAACUUCCAAUG